AUGGCGGAAAGUAGUAAGUUAAAAUCAGCUAAAAACAGCUCAGACGAUGCUGUUCCUGGGCGCAAAGAACAACUAUUAUGUCAGCCAUGUUCAAGGAAGGAUUUACAAACAACAGCUGAUGUGUUUUGUUCAGACUGUGACGAAUUUCAGUGCAAUGAAUGUUCAAAGGCACAUACAGUUUAUGCGUUUAUGAAAAAUCACAAGUUAGUGAAUGCGACAGAAGUGAAAUCGAAACCAACUUGCUUUGAUAUGAAAGGAGUUGACAAAUGUGAACAGCACAGUGAAUUGUUGAAAUUUUUCUGUGAAGACGAGAACCAGCUCUGCUGCAGUACAUGUGCCAUAGUGGAUCACCGGAAAUGCCAUAGCGUCGUUGAAGUACAGAAAAUUGCCGGAAAGUCGCGUUCUGCUGGUUCCCAGUUAAAGACAAAAUUGGAAAAAGUAAAAUCAAAGGCAGAGAUGAUUGUAAAAUACACUGAAUCAUCGCAAGAACAACUCAGUAAAGAUAUCAAAGCAAUAUUUGUGGAGCUAAAAAGAAUGAGAGGUGAGAUAAAUAAAGUUUUCGACGACUUGGAAGUGUACGUUACCAUGGAAACUGACGCAUUUCAGGCUGAAGUAGCUAAUGAUCUGGCAAAGAAACGAUCUAGCGGCGAGAAACAUAUCGCUGAUGUUAAUAAAUCACUGGAAAUGGUUGAUACAGCUUCUGAGAAAGGGACACCAUCACAGCAGUUUAUAGUAGAAGAGAAGAUGAAAAAACAGGCUAAUGAACUUUGCAGAGACGUGGACAAUGAAUGUCAACAGUUACAGAUUGCUACCGUUUCCUUUAGAUUUGACGAAACAUUAAAGUUGCAAACACUUCCUAUUUCUGAUUACGUUCCAGGAAAGCUAACAUUAAAAUACCCCCUGCCUGAAGCUAAAAAAUCUGUCGCACCUGUAGAUCCUAUUAUUAAAUUAACGAAAGUUACUUCCAUUGAUCUGAAGCAGACUGUAGAUGAUGUCAAUCAACCCUUAUACUCGGGACUGGAUUUCCUGCCGGACGGUAGACUAGUUACAGUGGAUAAUUUCAACAAGAAAUGUUUGAUUUACAAUGAGAAGCUUCGGAAAGUAGGAUCAUUCCAGUUAUCGUAUAUGCCACAGAGUGUAGUUGCUGUAUCUGAGGAGGAAGUGGCGAUAACAAGUGGCAAUCAGUGCAAGAUAGACUUUCUACGUGUCAGUAAAUCAAAUGAUAUAACUUUGAUCAGGACCAGUAAGGUAACGUCGAAGUAUGGGUCUAUAUGUAUGAAAGAUGAGAGACACUUUGUUGUUGGAACUAUGAGUGAUACAAGGCCUGUUCGUAUUGUAUCUCUGUCAGGAGAAGAGAAAGAUUUCAGCAUCAGCUUUCCAAAUACAAAAUAUUCUGCAGGCGGUAGUGUGUGCAACUAUAUGAGGAAUACUGAGAAGAUAAUACUAGCCGAUAGGUUCCAGAAUACUGUUUUUAUAUAUGACGUCGCGACCAACAGCACAGUUGCUGUCAAGGACGACCAGAUCAAGGAACCAAGAGGUAUAGCAGUUGGUCCAUCCGACUGUAUCCUGGUUUGCAGUGAAGAAACAAAGUCAAUUGUUCAGAUCUCUCCAACAGGUCGGAUCUUGUCGUCGUUUAAGUUAGAUAUGGUUUAUCCAUACAGCGUCUGUGUUUCAAAGGAUCAAUCUAUUCUUGCUGUCACAAAUGCGUGUAUGGGAGAAAGAAAGAUACAGCUGUUUAAUCUCACAGCUUCAGAAUGA